GGGUCUGGGAUCCAGCUCCAGCCAGCGGAGAUCGCAGCAUGGAAGGUGGGAGCCACAAGGAAGGCGGCUUCGGCCGCACACUGUGCGUGCUCACAGGGGCUUCCCGUGGCUUCGGCCGCGCGCUGGCCACACUCCUGGCCCGGCUGCUGUCACCCGGCUCGGUGUUGCUCCCAACCGCCCGCAACCAGGAGGCGCUCAGGCAGCUGGAGGCAGAGCUGGCGGCGGAGCAUCCUGGCCUGCGCGUGGUGCCGGUGCCCGCCGACCUGGGCUCGGACGCCGGCUUGCAGCAGCUGCUCGGAGCUCUGCGCGACCUCCCCAGACCCGAAGGGCUUCAGCGCCUGCUGCUUAUAAACAAUGCGGCCACCCUUGGGGAUAUUUCCAAAGUCUUUCAGACCUUCAGUGACCCAGCAGAAGCAAACAGCUACUGGGCUAUGAACUUGACUUCCACACUCUGCCUGACUUCCAGUCUCCUGAAGGCCUUUCCAGAACGUCCUGGCUUGAGCAGGACUGUGGUUAACAUCUCAUCCUUCUGUGCCCUGAAGCCCUACAAGGGCUGGGCAUUGUACUGUGCAGGGAAGGCUGCUCGAGACAUGAUGUUCCAGGUCCUGGCUGCAGAGGAACCUAGUGUGAGGGUGCUGAGCUAUGACCCAGGUGCCUUGGACACAGACAUGCAGCAGUUGGCUCGGGAGACCACAGUGGAUCUAGACUUACGAAAAAGGCUACAGGAUUUGAAGACAAAUGGGGAGCUGGUGGAUUGCAGGAUAUCAGCCCAGAAGCUGCUGGACUUGCUGCAAACAGACGCGUUUGAGUCAGGAGCCCAUGUGGACUUCUAGUAAAUAGCUUGUGUCCUUGUCUUCUUGGGCCUUUUAGCCUCUACUUUUGUGCACACCCCAGGAGCCCUGUCACUGCCCACACCCUUUCACACAGGCCCUGACAACCUGCCUAAAGCAGACAACCACUCAUGCCUACUGCCCUGCCCUCAAAGGCAGCCCGUGGGAGUGGCUGGUGUCACCAGUUGUCAGGAUCUGUGUCAUGCAGCCUGGAUGAUAAGGAGCUUGGAGGGAGGUCAUGGGUGUUGUAGUUCUCCAGCCCCAGGAAUAGAAUUUUAGGAUGGGAAGAGCAGGAAAAACAGCUGAAACACUGAAGAGACAAGUUUGGGGUCUCGCCCUCAGCUGGUCCAUGGGAAAGGAGGGAGUGAUCUGCUGUGAAGAGGGAGGGCCCAGCAGAUUCACAGGUGGCCUGCAGGGAAAGAGGACAGAGCAGGUUGCAGCCCACACAGACACCCCUUGCUCAGGGUGAGGGACCCUUGUGUUGAAUUUCCUGUCCUCUCCUGAUGCCUUCUUCCUUUAGAACCCACCUUCCCCCAAGGCCGGGAGUUCAUGUAGGAGAAGAAGCAGACACACAGAAAAGGUGGCCCAGUCUUCAUGACUGCCUGCUUCCCUCUCCUAGAGGCUCCUAGUGUGAUUACAGGUGUGCUGCACCGUGCCCAGUCUUCCUUAAGGGCUUGUUCAAAUGGAGGACAACAGAAAGACACAUUUAUAUAUUGAAUAUCUCAAUCAUAUACAAUUCAUUUUUCUCUCUGAACACAAAAACAAAAACCCCCAAAAGUACUUCAGUUGCCCAAGAAAGAAAUCAAAAUAAAGAACCUGAG